UCCCCUGCCUCGCCCGCUCCGCAACUAGCCUCCAUCUCCCGCGCUGAGCUGGCAUCCUCAACACCGCCGCAGCAACAGCAACAAUCACAAACCCAUCCCCCUCCUCCGCAAUCCACUCCCUCCCCUUCGCCCGCCACCCAUCACCGCUCUCCUCUCGUCGAAGCCAGUCGCAAGCUCGCCAGAAACGUAUCGCCGGGCCUCCUGGCUCGCAUGAAAUUCCUGAACCAGACCCAGGACAACACCCGCGUUGCUGCUGCCCAAGUCGGUCGAAUCUCAGAAAGCACCAUCCGAGAGCUGGACGAUUUCCACAAGGACCGGAGCAUCCGCGUUCAGAGGCGAGGCACUGCCUGGUCCAGGUCCACAGCGGGCAGUCAGGCAGCCACACCCUUGAUUCCCCAGCUCACGGGAGAGAGCGUGCCGGCACUGGCCAUGGACCAGAGCCCCCUGUCUGGCUUCGAGAGCAACCGGAGCAGCUUUGUGAGCACGAGCGACCGUGUGCUGCCGUCCGACUCGGAGGCUGGUGAUGCGCCAACCGAGGACAAGCAAAAGUAUCGCUUGCCAGAUGUUCACAAGGCAAAGAGUCUGGCCAGCCAACCUGUCACGGAGACGAACAGCAGCACCGACGCCGAGCAGACGCGUGCCCCUACCCCUCCACCCAAGGACGUCCCUCCUGCUCACCAGGCCUUUGUCCUGAACGGCAACGACGACAUCGAUGUCGCUGCCUAUUUCCACCGCCGCCAGUUCUCCAGAGCGAAUUCCAUCUAUACUCUGUCGAGGGCGAGCUUCACAAAUCAACUCCAGCAGCUCACCUCCAUCACCCUACCCCCCGCGGCGUCUCUCUCAUCAAGCAUAUCCGCCAUACCCACCUCGACAGCCGCCGGGCGAGCCCUCCAUGAAGCGGCUAACCAGAUAAAGAUAUGGAUGGCAAAAGCAACGGAGGUCUUAAACGGCUUGGAUGCCGAAGAUGACGUCGAGUGGGCCGCCGCUGCCGGACGAGAGGGCCUCGCCGAGGUCGAUGCUGCCAUUGGUAAAUUCGAGGGCCUGGUCACAGUAUAUAUCACCGCCAUUGAGGACCUGCAAUCAAGGCCGGACAUAGCUGCGCUCCCUGCAAAAGAUCUGACGACACUGGUGGCGCAGAUGGAGGAUGUCGUGACUGGUUGGACAAAGAUCAAAAAGACUCUAAAGGGAAUCAAGGCGCAAGUGGAACUGGCUAUGGAGUGGGAAGAGCUCUGGAACAGCGUGCUUGGUGAGAUCGGCCAUGAGAUUGAGAACCUCAGUCGCUUGGUAUUUGAGAUGGAGGAGAGGCGCCACAGAGCUAUAUCCGACUCUGUUGCCGAAUCUGCAGAGAAGUUCGAUAUUGCCGAAUUGGAGACCAUUGUCGAAGAGACGCCCCGCCAGCUAAGUAGGGUACACAGCCAUCGCUUCAGUCUUCCAGCGACUGCGCCUGUCGUGUCACCGAUAUCGCCGAUACCACAAAUCGAGAAGGAGAAUUCGCGAUUGCUCGCUCUCUUUGCCAAGCUCCAACCACUGCGUGCCUCCUUGGACUUUCUGCCCAUGCGGCUCUCUUCAUUCCACAAUCGGGCUAGCAAAAUCUUCCCUUCCGCCUGUGAUGAGUUGAUGCGGCGCAAGGAGGUUCUCGAGCGGCAGGAAAAGAAGCUGGAGGCCGAUGCUGAUGCAUUGAGAGAAGAAUUGGGUGAGGAUAAGUGGGUUCACAGCUUCCGACAGGCUGGUAGUAAAGCAAUUGCCAUGUACGAAUCCAUGAUGAAGAGUAUACAGCGGCUGCGCCAGGCUAUGGAAGAGAACGACGAAGAAAAGCUGGGCUCUCGAAUCUCUACAUACAAAGAUAAAAGAGAACACUAUCCGCCAUCCAUGAAGCGAGUCUUGGAACUGAUUGACAUCGAAAUGAAGAAUCGCUCCACAGUCAAUGGAGAAAUCCUCAGAAUCCAACAAGACGUCAGACAGAAGGUCUCGGAUCUCGAGCAAGAGACCAGGGAUAUGGACGCCAUCUUGGACGAGUUCACCUCGUCCCGGAAACUUCGCGACUCCAUCUCCACGGUUUUCUCGGCCCGCACUGAACAGUCCUUGACUACUUCUGCAUUGGAAACGCCCAACAGCUCUCCAGCUUCAUCCGUGAUUAUGAGUCGCAAGAGCAGUGACUACGGGCGGACAACGCCCGCAGGAUUGAAGUCGCGCCAACCGAGUGUUUCAAGCUCCAAGUCAUCGCUGCCUUCCAGUAGACGCUACUCCAGUCUACCAGCUACCACGCUAUCGCCUAGCAUCUCCCGUAAAUCGCUACCGCCACCGCGUGUCGAGAUUUCACCGUCACGAGCAAAGUCGAGCACACCUACUAGCUCGCUUCGAUCUUCGACGUCCACAUCUACGGCUACCAGACCGCGGUGGAACCCGAGUACAAACAUGCGCGACACGAUUACGCUUCCCCGCCGUCCCCUAGCAAGUACCCUACAAUCCCCCUCGACACCAGCAAGGGGUAAAUCACCAGCGCUCGGUACGCCUGGCUCUUCGUCCCGAUUGUCGACCGACACGCCUACCCCAGCCCGGCAAGCUACUCUAGCCGAGGAGGGGGAGAGUCCAAUUGCACACCAUCAAAUCCGGUCCGCCAGUGCGAUGGCCAGUCGUCGCGUCAGCAUGCUUCCCACUCCCAAGCAGCGUACCGUGAGCGGGUCUAGCCUCGCAGCCCUGACCGGCACUCCUGUGCGAAGCACUAGCAGGCUAGGGAGCAUCGAUGAGAGUAACAGGAGCAGGACGAGCAUGGAU